GUGCCUGUAACAUACCGAAACAAAACCAUAAGCUAGUUUAUAGGCUUUUAUUUAUUUAUUAGCUAUACCACUCUUACGUAAAUUAAAAUUAGAAUGCGGUAAUUAGCAAAAAAAAAAAAAAAAAAAGAAAUUGCAAUUUGCAGCGACUCAACACAAACACACAAGUCGCACAGCUUAUCCUUCGCAGACACACACAAACGCCACAGAAACCCUCAAACUUUGAACAAACAAAGUAAGUGAGGGAAAGUGAAGUGAAGAUAAUUUAAGCGGUGAAAUGGAAUCGACGGAGUCAUCUUACGUGUCAUCACCGGAGGCACCGCCUCGUAAGAGAUCUCCUCCACCGCCGAAAUCGCCUACUUCUGAUUCUGUCGAGAAGCCAACAUACGUUAGAUUUCUUGUUUCAAAUGCUGCAGCUGGUUCAGUUAUAGGAAAGGGUGGUGCAACAAUUACUGAUUUCCAGUCGCAGUCUGGAGCAAGAAUUCAAUUGUCACGUAAUUAUGAAUUUUUUCCUGGAACAUCCGAUAGGAUAAUUUUGAUAUCUGGGAUCUUGGAUGAUGUGUUAAAGGGCGUGGAACUUGUUCUUGCUAAAUUGCUUAGUGAGCUUCAUACUGAAGAUGGUGAUGAUGUUGAUCCAAGAACGAAAGUUAGACUAGUUGUUCCAAAUAGCUCUUGUGGGAGCAUAAUCGGGAAGGGGGGGUCUAUUAUAAAGUCAUUUAUUGAAGAGUCCCAAGCUGGAAUUAAGAUAUCUCCUCAGGAUAAUAAUUUCUAUGGGUUGAAUGAUAGGCUGGUGACAGUGACUGGAACUUUAGAGGAGCAGAUGCGGGCAAUUGAUCUCAUUUUGUCUAAAUUGUAUGACGAUCCUCAUUAUGUGCAGACUAUGCAUGCUCCGUUCUCAUAUGCAGUAGCAUACAACUCAAUGAACUAUGGAGCAAAUGGAGCUGGCGGAAAGUUUCAGAAUAACAAGGAGGAUCGAACCAACUCAGUGACGAUUGGCGUUGCAGAUGCGCAUAUUGGACUGGUGGUUGGUCGGGGUGGAAGGAAUAUAAUGGAAAUAAGCCAGGUUAGUGGGGCCAGGAUAAAGAUAUCAGAUAGAGGGGAUUUCAUGUCUGGAACAAAUGAUAGGAAAAUCAUCAUCACUGGAUCACAGAGAGCCAUCCGUACUGCUGAGGGCAUGAUAAUGCAGAAGGUAGCCUAUGCUUCUGAGAGGGGGUCAGAUUAACCUUCAAGAGUUCCAAAUUAUUUUUGUUCUGAAUUAUUUUCUUCUUUUUUUUUUCUUUUUUUUUUCUUUUUUUUUUUUUGUGGAACUGGCAAUUUCUUCAUAUAUUUGGUAAUUUAAAAUUUGUCCAUAUACCUUCUCUAAAAUGAGUUGCUUAGCAAUGUCGAAAACUAUGAUGGGAAGAGCUAAAGGAUGGAAAACUUUUUCAUAGAAUGAGAGAGAACUUUCUAUAGGAAAAUUUUUCAGAGUACAAAGUGGAUUUUCCGGGGGGGAAAAGUUGUUGGAUAGUAGCUUUAACCGAAUAUUAGGAUUAGCUUCGAUUGCAUCUCUUGAUACAAUGUAGUAUCCAAAUUAGCAAGUUUUGCAACUGAUCUAUGUUUAACUGGAUUAUGCUUUGAUUGAUGUAUAAGUGAUUUGUCUUUUGUAAUUUUCUUUAUUUGUUUAAAACAAUAAAAAUGUAGAUUUUGUUGGUGGGCCUUUUGCUUA